UUCUGAAGGUAUACUAGAUUUUACAUAUAUUCCAAGUGUUCUACAAUACAUAUACAUGUACCUGUAAUUACCAUGGGAAAUUUCAUGGUUUUCCAUGAUUAUUUCCAUGGAAUACCAGUAUUUACCACGGAAUACUGGUGGUAAUUCUCAUGGAAAGCAUGUUUUUUUAAGGGAAAGCAGCAGGGUGUUAAAUCUGAUUGCAACACAUUUCAAUGUAUAUGUAACAAAUUCAACCAACCAUUCAAACGGUUUUAUGAAUACAUUUAUAAGCCUAUUAAAAUUUCUAAUGUACAGGUAUACUGUAUGUUAACGGAUCACAUAUUGUUCACAUUAACAAAUGUCUAUAUCUUGGCUAAGUCUACUCAAUCUAUGCUAGUACUUUUUAGAAGUUCAUGGUCUGCUGUACUUUUAGUGAAAAUCUGGUCAAUCCAUCGCAGUCGUUAUUGUGGAUAUUAAACAGAAUUUUUCACGAAAUAAUUAGCAGAUACAGAUCCAAAAGGAAUUUAGACAUUUCAGCUACUAAAAGCCCAUGGGCCAAUAGCAAACGUGAGAAUGGAAGUUAAGGCAGUGGUCACCAGUGUUGCUUUCGGAAUCUUACUUUUAUACGUAUACCUUGUCAAUUCAGACAAAUCCAUGGGGAAUGUUGACAUCCCAGCUUUUAAAAAGCCAGAUGCAAACACGUGGAUUAAUGAUAGGCAAAUGAAUCCUGAAAAACAGUAUAACAACACAUUGGAUAAUAAACAACAAGAGGGUGUUCCACAACAAAGGCGGAAGGUUAAUACAGCACAUCAGACUAAAAGAGGUGUUUUCUAUCUGAAAGUUAACAAAGCGGGGAGCUCCACACUCCAAGCAAUGUUUAAUGGAUAUGCUGAUAAACACGACCAAAUAGUUGGAAUGCCAUGCAGUAAUUCUGGUGUUGACAGACACUUGGUUGGAUGGCCCGAACCAUUUAAACCAGAACAUCUCAUCCCUCUGAGCAAGAACUACACACAUUGGGAACAUCUAAAUGAGCAUAUAAAAUACAGUUCAAAAAUCAAACAAGUUAUGGCCCCAGGGAGUGUAUUCGUCGCAUCAAUCCGUGAACCAUUUUCACAUUUCUUUUCAUAUUAUAACUUUUACUACAUGGAGAAAACCUAUGAAGGAUAUCUUAAAGGGCCUAAUAAAUUUAAAUAUUUUUUAGAUAACAUUAAAACUAUGCCGCACCUUGAACUAAUCCACCAUAUGCCUCCUAGUAACCCAAUUGCACAAUGUUUCGGAAUCAAACAGGAGGAACUAUAUAAUACCAUAGCAAUACAAGAAAAAAUCGAAGAGAUUGAAAAGGAGUUUGACUUAGUAAUAGUAGUUGAGCACAUAGAGGAGAGCCUGAUUUUGUUGACCGAAUGCUCGGAUUUAACAAUUGAAGAUGUAGUUAUUUUGAAAAAUGCAAAUGUCAGGAACCUUAAAAAAUCCAAACCAAUUUUAACUCCAAAUGAGUACGAGAACCUCAUCCAAUGGAACUUAGCUGAUUCAAUGAUAUACAAUCAUUUAAAUAAAACUCUAUGGGAAAAGAUUGACAAUUUUGGCCGUGACAAAAUGGCCAUAAAGAUAAAAGAACUCCGAAUGGCUCAAUCAAUAAAGCAGAAAGAAUGUGACUCUGUUAAGACGAAACCUAAUUUGAAAAGAAUAGAAGAUUUGAAAAUAAAACAUGACUGUAUGAUCCAAAACCUAAAUCAUGUAGGUGCUGAUAAAUACUUCAGGAAUAAGAUGACUGAGAAAGGAAUCUAUGAUAUUGAAAAGGCUCAAAAAACUUGUAAAUAUCCUCCUGGAAAACAUGGGGAAUAGUAUUGUAAGAGCAAUAUUUCUUUGUAAACAAAGCCCAUUAAUGCUAUAUCAGACUUGUACUUAAAUGAUUUUAUGAGUCGUUUUUGAUUUUUCAUGAUGAAUGAGAAGCAUUCUGGAAAUUAUAUCAUAUGUGUAUACAGUUAUUGUAUAGUUAUUAUAAUCAUAUAUUAGUGAAUCUAUAAUCAUUUAUGAUAAUCUGCAUUUGAUUUGCUUUCACCUAAAUUAUAUUUGAGAGCAAAUAGCUGCGAGAAUUUUAUCUUAAAGCCUCGUGCAAUAAUACCUGGCACAACCCGAAACAAAACUAACAAACAACCAAACACAUCCCAUUGUCAAAUUAACAAAACGCAACCAGGGACAGGACAACACAAAAACGAACACCACAACCUGCAGCUGAUACUACAAUAAUGAAUGUGUCAAAAUAUGAAAUAAUAUUAAUUAUUUUAAGUGCAUGAUUGAUGGUAAAAUUAAUUAACAAAAUUCACAAUUAUUCUAAGAUACAGAAUGAUUUAAAUAAGUCAUCCGAUUUGAAUUUCUCAAAACACAAAAUAUAGCAAGAUAGAUUUCACAAUUUCUAACAUUGCAUACCGCAAUAUAUAGUAUAAUACAAAUUUACAUGUACAAACUAUUUUUACUCUAUUCAUCUUGCAACCACCAGAGCAGAAAUUUCAAUAUUUGUGCAUUACUAUAUUAUAGGUACAAUAUGCAGUGUACAUAACAUAAUAAAAUGCAUUUAUUGAAAUAAAACUGGAUUUUGUUAAAUGAAA